AUGAAGAAUCUCACCUUGAUCCUCGUUGUAUUAGUGGACAUCACCGUCACCAUCGCCACCACAGACAUCACCGUCACCACAGCCACAGUCACAGCAGCAGUAGCAGCUCCAGCAGUCAUGAGACCAUCAUCGUCCACCACCAUCACUCCUCUCCGUCCUCCUCUGGCUCAUCCGGCGGGUCCUCCGGCUGCUCAAGCUGUGGAGGCAGCUCCAAGUCCUCGUCCUCGUCCUCCGAGGACUACCCCAUCCCAAUCCCCGUCCCCUACAGUCACGGAGGCAGCAGUGGUAGCAGCAGCAGCGGAGGAUCUGAUGCUGCCCUCCUGCAGGCUCUCCUCAACGGUGGAAAGAAAUAGAGCUUUGUCAAUUCGCUCCUUUUUCGGUUGAGGUUUUCUUUGGGUGGAGCUGGUCUCACUGGUUUUCUUGGAUCAAUAUAUAUUUUAUAAAAUACGGAUUGUUGAUGUGUAAAAUGAUGAA